UUUUGGCCGCAGGUUAGAUAGCCCAUGCUCGCUGGAAGCAACCUCCUCCUCGGUCAAUAUAUUUCACCUCUUCUCCGGUGGAAGAGAGAUAUAACAUGGCAAUUCGGUGAGUGGAUUGAUUGGGAGUGGAGCGGUUGGAUGGAGGCAGAAUAUGGCCACACUGCUGCAUCGAUCACCGAUGAGAUGCGUGAGAACUACUGCCAAUGAUGGAUCUACGGGGCGAAAGACAAUAACAGCAACAGCCAGGCCGACGCGAAGUGAGCUUAAUCUACCCAAACUCAAGACGGAGCGAAGAAGCCGGGGAUAUCAAGUGCUUUCUCUAGCCAGUAUCCAAGGGUCUCUAUCAACAAAGGAAGGUUCUGUUGAUCCUUGCGGGUGGGAUCUCUCGGGGUUUGCUUGGUUUCUUCGGUUACCAGCAUAACACGCCAGCGCGAAGAUAGGGGGUCAUAUCAGGUCUAGUCAGUAUAGCCCGUUACUAGGUAAGGUAGUACCUAGUAGUAUACCAGUAGGUGUUGUGGUGGGCUUAUGUCUGAUGGUGGAUGCUGGAUAAGCGGGGCUGACUAAGAGCAGACUUAUGCAGCUGAUAUGGAUGUGGGAUAAAUGACCGAAAAUAGUAUAUAUUGUUUAAA